AUGGAUUCCAAAACUGCAAGAGAGGAAUUCUGUGAGCUUUUCAGCCAGUAUGUCUGGGAAACCCUCACCAACAUAGAAGUAGUUCAGGAAUUCUGCAGCGAACAGCAAAAAUGGUCCAGUCAGAGGGAGAAAGAGAGAAAGAGGUUGCAAGACAUCAAGGAGCAGCUGGAUAAAAUUGAUUUAAAGUUUGACCAUGUGAAGAAGGCUGAGGAUAAGGCCAAGGCUUUCGGGGAGUAUGUGUUGAGCGGACUGACUCAGGUAACAGCAGACUCCAGGCGCCAGGCCCUGGAAAAGGAGCUGGGAAUUGUCCUGGAGCAAACUCUGGAGGGGCUGGACAAACUCCACCUCUUUCUGGAUGCGGUGGAGAUCCUAGCAGUGACAUCACUGUUUGUGUUUACCGAAGACAGUUUCCUUCCAAAGGGGGUGAGUGCUGUUGAGGUGCAGUCAGUGAUCUCAGCAGCCCGACUGGCCUCUCCACUCCUCAUCCACUUUAAGAGGGACCCAGCUGCCUUCUUUUUACCUUUCCUCAGUAAUGUGGAGGUCCUGGCCUUUCACCUGGACAAAUACAUACGCAUCUCACAACAGCUUUGUGAGAAAUUGGAGAAAAGGUCAGAGCAACUAUUUAAGUUGAUAAUCAAUCAAAUUUUAAUCAUAAAAUGGAAGAAUGGUCACCCUGAACUGAAAAUCAAUUUGGAAAUGAGUGAUGAAUCUGUUCAGAAAAUGCUAGACCAUUUGAAACAACUGAACCAAAUCAGGAUGGAUCAAGACUUCUGGAUAACCUUCUUGUUUCAGGAGAAGGCUCUGAACUUCACUAGCCUCUUUAACCAGCGCUACGAGAGAAUGCUAAAGUUCUUAUCUGAACUUGAGGAAAGUGCUGAGCAGUUGGACAAGAUGAAGAAAGGGGCCAGCAUCUCCACCAUAGCAAGCAGUUCAGUUGGUGUGGCUGGUGGAAUCUUGUCCAUUGUUGGGUUAGCACUUGCCCCAGUCACUGCUGGGGUAUCUUUAGCCCUUACUCUAACAGGUGUUGGCUUAGGGGUCACGAGUGGUUUCAACAGUAUGGCCACUGGCAUCGCUGAGUUGGUAGUUAACAGAAGACAUGGGAAAAAUGCCAAAACCAUCUUCCAGAGAUACAUGGAAGAUGUUCAGGAACUUCAGGACUUUCUGGAGCAGGUGGCCAACCAAGUUCUUGCAAUGAAGUCAGAUGUGGAUGAUGUUGUGUUGGGAGUGGGGAAAGUGCUUACUAGAGCAGGGGCAGUGGCCAAAGGCAUAGAUAGCAUAGUGGAUGCUGCCUCAGCAGUCAAAGUUCUCAAAUCUGAGCAAGUUUUUCAGAGUGCAGCUAAAAUGGGGCUCCAGGAGGCUAAAGCAACAAGAAACAUCCCCAAUUUGGCGGCCGACCUGCCUGAUCUUGGGCAACUAGCUAAAGGGACUCCUCUUGCCAUGUCCAAAUCAGCCAGAUCUGGUUUCAUCGCACUUAAUGCCCUCUUCAUUGGUUUUGAUGUCUUCUUUAUCUGCAAAGAAAGCGUCAGCCUAGCAAAAGGAAGCAAGAGCGAAGUUUCUGAGCUCAUUCGUUCCAGGGUGGCACUGUGGCACUCUGAGCUGGAGUCUUGGAAGAAAGUAAACGACUCUCUGUGCAAAGGGAAACAGAGUUUCAAGAAGAGUCAGAAAACCCUUCAGGAGAUGUUUCCUUUACAUGACAAUUAUGAAAGGGCGCUUGGAGCUAUGGAGCGGAUGGAGGUUCAGGAAGAGUCAGCAAAUCCUUGA